ACAUGUACAUGUACGUAGUUUUAGUUUUCGUGUAUACGUGGACACUACUCGACAAUCCAUCUGCUGCAAUCUUGCAAAGAUCAAAUCAGUGUCUGAUUACAUUUAAAGGACUUUGAAGGUCUGAGUUUAUAAAGAGUCGUCCUCCGAAAAGUUUUGUUUCUCUCCACUCCCUGACUGUUUUCCCUGUUUUUUGAGUUCCUGUAUCUGAAUCGGUCAUGUCUGCGGGAAGUAGCAAUGACAGCAGCUGGAUUGCACCUGACCUGCCCUCGCGUUGCACCUGGCAUCUGGAAGUGGAUCCCAAGACCAGUCCACAUAAUCACCAGUCCAACGCGGAGCUCCUUGAAGCGCGGAAGAAAAUCCUGCCCAAUGUGCUGAAGAUGAUUGGCCACACCCCGCUGGUGCGAAUCAACAACAUCGGGAAAAGCGCUGGGCUGAAAUGUGAACUGUUGGCCAAGUGCGAGUUCUUCAAUGCCGGCGGCAGCGUCAAGGACCGGAUCGGGCUACGGAUGGUGGAAGAGGCAGAGAGGAAAGGCGUCUUGAAGCCAGGGUACACGCUGAUCGAACCGACCUCGGGAAACACGGGUAUCGGCCUGGCCCUGGCAGCCGCCGUCAAGGGCUACCGUUGCAUCAUCGUCAUGCCGGAGAAGAUGAGCAACGAGAAGGUGUACGUCCUGCGGGCCCUGGGCGCCGAGAUCGUACGCACGCCCACCUCGGCAAGGUUUGACUCGCCAGAGUCGCACAUCAGCGUGGCCCAGAGACUGAACAGGGAGAUACCAAACUCGGUCAUAUUGGAUCAGUACAGGAACGAGGGCAACCCGCUGGCCCAUUACGACACCACGGGCCAGGAGAUCUGGGACCAGUGUGAAGGCAAGGUUGACAUGGUUGUCAUGGGAUCCGGGACUGGUGGUACCAUGACGGGUAUUGGUCGGAAACUCAAGCAGUUGAACCCUGAUAUCAAGAUUGUGUCGUUUGAUCCCCACGGCUCUACACUGGAGCCGCCGUUCUUUGACAAGCCAACAAACCCAAAUGCUCCCUACGAGGUGGAAGGCAUCGGCUAUGAUUUCAUCCCCACUGUCUUAGACCACAAUGUAGUUGACGACUGGGACAAAUGCGAGGACAAGGAGUCAUUUCUGAUGGCCAGGAGACUGAUCAGGGAGGAAGGAUUACUGUGUGGUGGGAGUUGUGGAGCAGCUGUGUCUAUAGCUCUGCAGGCUGCCAAAUCACUUACAGAGGGCCAGCGUUGUGUCGUCAUCCUACCAGACUCUGUCAGAAACUACAUGACCAAGUUUCUGUCUGAUGAAUGGAUGGUAGAGAAGGGUUUCAUGGACGUGGAGCACGAGGGUCACAACCCCGAGAAAGAAUGGUGGUGGAAUUUGAAGGUGGCCGUCCUGAAGAUUGAUGCCCCGCUGACAGUCUUACCGACGGUGACCUGCCAAGAAGGCAUCAACAUCAUGAAGAGGGAAGGAUUCGACCAGCUGCCUGUGGUGGGAGAACUAGGAGAUGUCCUAGGUGUAGUCACCCUAGGCAGCCUGAUGUCUCACGUGAUGGCCGGCCGGGUCAAGCCCACCACCCUGGUGGAACAGAUACUCUACAAACAAUUUAAAAAGGUGACCCUUGACAGUACACUUGGUCAGUUGUCACGCAUUCUGGACCACGAUCACUUUGUGUUGGUCACUCACAACCAGAAACUUUAUUCUGGCGAAGAGGGUUACACCUCCAAGGAGGUCAUUGUGGGCAUUUCUACUCGCAUCGACUUGCUGAACCACAUCACUAACAACCAGCCUUCAUCUUAAAGAUCCCUCCCAGUGUCGGAGCUAGCUCUUCACAGGUCACGGUACCGAUGGAAACUUUCUUAAAAGGUCCCUCCCCCCAACCCUGGUCAGUUUGACAAAAUCAAACAGUGGGUGAAUGUGUUAGAUUUUGUUCACCUGAGCAGAAGAACAAAUCAUUCGUACGUUGUGGUUUUGAAGUGAAAAAAAAAAUGGUACCGAUCCUAACUUUCUUAAUAAGGUGCAUCCCUAAAGUUUGUCGUUCGGAAGCACACGGUGCCAACAGGAUUUUAGAGCUUCCAGUUUGGCCUUGGUAAGACUUGCUUACCGUGUAUCCAGUGCGAGAGACUCUGCAUGAAAGCAAAUGGUAUGCCAAGAAGUUCAAAGCAUUUGUGUAAUUAUGUAAGUUAGUUUUAGACCCCUGAAAUUUCAGUAACAACUAGAAAUAGAUUGUUUCCACUUAUCCUCCAAGGGAAGGUGAAGAUUUUAUGGUCCCACUAGCUUAAUGAAUGUGUAUGGAUCUCUCUGAAAUUGUUUGAAGUUUUUAAGGCUUCAUGUACUAGCUCAAGAUAUGGAAUUUAUUGUAAAAAUCUAUGUCAUACUGACAAGAUUUGUUUUACGUCAGUGCGAGGUGCAAAAAAGAGGAGCAGGACUCGUAUUGGUCUCGGGUUCAGUUCCCACUCUAGGCGAUUUAUUUGUUGAGCGUUACACUGAACUUUGCUAUAGCAAUGAUAUUGAGGUAGAUUGUAUAAAAAAAGUCUACAUUUCGAUGUAUAUUUUAUUUUAAAGUUUUAUGUGUUAAAAAUAAGUAUACACAAUGUAUUACAAUGUAUUACAAUGUAUUAUCAGUUAUUUCUAAGCUAGUUUGGGAAUUGGUAACCUUCUGAUUUGUAGAAAUAUUUGUAUACUGCUUGUCCUGUCAAGUGUACCCACCUUUCUGUGUGCUGGAACCGUUCCUCUAUUUCAAUUGAAGUAUUUAUUUGGUGUUUGAGAAGUGUGGAGAUAUACACCAUGUGUAGUUACUCGCUAAUUGAUCUGUGUAAAAGAGAGGUGGUUCUAAGAAUAAGCAUGUUAGUGUUAACUCGACGUUUGGGGAGUCGGGCUGGCGCUGUGGUUACUUUCAUCGCCUUCCACCGCUAUGGCCCGGGUCCAAUUCCUGCCCGGACCACACAUGUUUAGUCCCUACUGUAUAUCUGAUUCCGUGGGUUUUUUUCCCCGGAAUAUUCUGCUAGAGUUUUCCUCCCACCUCUAACUAAACCUGUUAUUGCUUUUUAUUGUCUUCUCUCUGCGGGUUUCUUCAGGCUUGCGAGCUACAGUGCCUAUAGGGUGCUUAUGAGGAAUCCUUGGUUUCAUUACCAGAAAGAUAUACUGUAAUAUAAUACAUCUGACCAUCGUAUACGUAAGGGCAUGUCUAAACCCUAGUGAAUAAAUUGGUCUUCGGAAUGCAAUCCCCUUGACGUGGCCUGGCCUGGAGGGGGAAACAAAAGCUACUCAAACGAAAGCUUGUCAUUUUUUUAUUUUAUUUUUUUGUUUUUGUUUUUGUUUUUGUUUUUUUUAUUUUAUAAUUAGAUGGAUGUACAGUCAUUUCAAUUGAAGCCAUUGACGGUUUGCCCCCUAUAGUUAUAAGGUAUACAUGAACCAACGUCUGGUCUGGCACAUGUUCAAUAGCUGGCUGCAUAUACUGGCCUGCCAAGCUUAGUCGAUCUACACUUGAUCUCUGCCUACAUGCUUUAUGCGUGCUUGUGUCUCGGAGGAGUUUCUUCGAUAUUCUUCGAUGUGUAUUUUAUUUUAUCAACAAUGAAUGCACAAAAGGUUUACCCAUGCCUUUCCUAGAGAUACACAACCAUUGCCUUCUACCUCCCAUUAAUAAAGGUCUAUUGAUCGAUUCCCUCCCUAAGACUGACUGAGGUAGUGGCAUUGGAUCUUCGGUUUCCUUUCUCCUCAAGAGAUACUUCACAUGGGUGUGUCGACAAACUUUCCCCAAGUCGCGUGUUCAGGCAUGAAGAGCAUUGAAUCGCAUGUAUUUAUUCAGAUAUUGGCAAUUACGUGGCAUUAAUAUUAUAUUCAUUCUUUAUGGUGUGGGAGGUCGUUCCCAAACAAAAUUGCUCACAUUGAGCUGAGGCUCAUUCAAUGGGCCCGGUGCAGGAAGUAUGGCGCUGUAUAUGGCCUAUGAAAAAAGCCAGCGUUUGAAGCAACCUUGUCCCCAGUGACUAUUUUAUUUUCAACCGAUAGUACACCCUGGGUGGAGAACUUGCUUCCUGUAUCCCGAUUCGAUACUGUGAUAGCAAGUAAUGUAGUUGUAUCGCGUUCUUGGCGAUUUUAGUAACUUUAGCAACACCAUGGGGUUUUGGGGGUGUGUUUUUUUUAACUCAUGCAUUUUUCUCUGCUGUAUUAAAUUUGAUAGGUUGUCGGGAAAACAAGUUCGUGGUUAAUAAUGGAAUUCGCAAGAACAGUUGAAUUAAAUGCAUGCCUUAAAUUAGAUUUUAAGAUUUUGUUAUGUUGGUCUCUUGAUGACGUUUAUGUACUGUACGUGCAUGCACUUGAAAAUGAAGUACGUUUGGUGGGUGGUGGUUUUGUGGUGCGUGCGCUAUUUAAAACGUUUAUUGCAGCUUCAAAGAUUGAACCCAAUUGGGACUUUUAUUUUUAUUUUUUAUUUUUUGAUGAAGUUCAAACCUGUUCUGGAAAUAUAAAUUAAUAUAAAUCGGGCAAUAUGAACUUCUGUAGUUGCCUGAAAUCUUUCUCUAGGCUUUGCCACCAACUGAAAUUCUACCACGCAGCACUGAUUAGGAUACGGUAAAUGAUGAGUUAAAAUUGCACUGGCCGUCACUCUCAUGUGCGUAGACUGUAUAGUUCAAUUUUGUGGAGGAGAAUAUGGCAUGUACGUUUUCCAACUUGACAACAAAUUUCUAGGUUUGGAAGUAGAUUAAUUAUUGUAAUUUUAAACAGCACCCUCUUUCAUUAUAGCAUAUGCUAUUUGAAUUGGAAAUUACGCAUUAAGUGGUUUGGUUGUGCGGCUCAACGAAAUACGUAUGAUUAUUGACGGAUUUCAGUAAUAUUAGAAAU